ACAUCUACCACCAUGGACGGUGAAUCGUUCUUCAAGCAGCUGAAGCAGCUGGCACGGAUGGUGGACCGUGGAUUACGUGAAGCCACGGAUGAAGUAGAAAAUAACUACUCCAAGCGGGGCCCUGCGGCAGCAGUGAAAAAAGUUGUUGAUCUCAAGUCAGAAAUUAAAGAUAUGAAGUGUAAAGGGGAAGAACUGUUGCACACUUUGGAGAAAGAAGGAAAAGAGUUUGACAAAAUCCUUAAGAUUUCUACACAGUAUCUGGAGAUCCACCGACAGAAAAUAAGGAAGACGGAGGAGUACUUCGCUAAGUACGGAUACCAGCAGAAAGCUAAAUUAGAACCCAAACCCUCAGAAGAAGAGAAGACAGAGGAACCAGUUGAAUUGAAAGAGAACCAGUCAAUGGAGGACCAGUUAACAGCAACCGAUAAAAGAACAACCCCAAAGAAAGAGAAAUCACCAACAGGAGGGCCCCGUACCCCCAAACCGGAGGACUUCGGACUGAGUAGUCUAACACUGAGUGCCUGUAAACGUCCGGAGAAAACACAGGUGUUAAAUUCUCACAGAAAAACACCCAAAAAAGAAACUGUGCCUCCUGCUGAGGCCCCCCAAGAAGAACCCCUCCCUGGACCCCGCACCCCUAAACCAGAGGAUUUCGGACUGAGCAGCCUCGUGCUGAGUGCCUGUAAACGUCAGGAGAGAACACAGGUGUUCAGUUACCCAGACACAACCUCUCACAGGAGUAAGUUGGACUCGGUUCCGGACAUCUUUCAACAUGAUGGCAUUCAGGUAACGCCAAGUUUUCUGGGAGGGAAGUAUGCCAGCCCAGGAUGGAAACAAGAUUUUACAGAUAAAAAGUUUCUGGUCCCAAAAGUCAAGGACGGAGCACUGAGGAUGAGGGGGAAAGAGAAUUUUGACCAGAGUCCAAGCCCAGCCCCUCGAUUUGGUUCAGUGAAUAUGAAAAUUGGAAAGGAGUUGAGUGAUAUAACUGGAAUACACAGACUUCCCAACACCCCAGAACUGACCUUACCCAGGAAUUACUCAGCUUUCCGUCCCCCACCAGAUACCCCCGAACUGGCGUCCACCAAAACACAGCUGAGAAGUCGCCCUCUACCAGAUACCCCCGAGCUGGCCUCAACUAAAACACUUAUGAACAGCAGACCUCCACCCGACACCCCCGAACUAGCCUCAACCAAAGCAUCUAAUCACACCCCUGAGACUCCAGUCUUUCUCAAACAGAUCAAGGCAACAGAGGGUAGUCAUACUAGUGCUGUGUGGAAACCUCCCAUAAUGCCCCAGGAACCACAAAAUCCAAGUCGCACAGAAGCUUUGAAAGAAAUGCCACAGAUGCCCAAACUAAAGGGACUAUACAGCUAUCUCUCCGAUGUUAACUGAUGAAUUAUGGCUUUAUUUUGUGUAUUUAUGACUGAUUUAUACCCCACUCCGAAGAAGGGGGGUAUAUUGUUUACCCUUGUGUGUCUGUCCAUCUGCUUGUCUUUCAACCUGUGUGUCUGCCUGUAAAAUUUUUUUGGAAAUAGUUUUCUAAGCAAUUGCUCAUCACAGAUGCUUGAAAUUUUAACACAAUCUUCUCUGAGGCAUGCCAUAUGGUGGGAUGUCAUUUUUGUUCAGAUCCAACUUCUUAUUCAUCAGUGCAUCUGUCAGUAACUGAACUUUUGUAUAUUAAUAUCAGGGGAUGACAAAUCCCAUUGCCCGACGCCCGGGGCUAGUGAAUUUUAGGGGUGGGCAAGUGAAAUUUUAUCAACCACUAGCCCGUGGGCAAGUGACUUAUCAAAAAUAAAAUUUAUUUGUAGGCCAUAAAUUUAAAGCUGGGCUUAGAGACUCAGCAUUUGUCUUCCUCUUUUUUUGAAAAAAUGUCUAUAAAUACAGAAUUAGUUUAUGGUAGGGCAAGCAAAAAUUCAGGAAGGGCAAGUCAAUUUUGACCAGGUACUUGCCCUUGGACAAGUGGCUUAAAAAUCUAUUUGUCAGCCCCUGUUAAUAUGAUAGUGUAUAAUCAUAUCAGAGCGGAGGUAUUACUAGUGAGCAUUGGCUCAUGGACUUUUUGUUUAGUACAUUUUUUAUAUGUACAGUCGUGUGCCAAAAGUGAAGAUAAUUUUAUUUUUUCUCUAUAUAUUUCAUUGAAAACAACAUUUUUUAAAAUCAUUGGCAAAUGGUCAAUUUUUGUCCAAUUUCAUUAUUUAUUUCAGUACUUAAACCAGAAAAUGUGCAGUUUUUUUUCUUUAAAAGAUCAUUAAAUAUUUAGUUUUUAGUAAAAGAUAGUUCAUCAAUUGACAUCAGUUCUAAAAUUCAAGAUCAACGUUGACUAUAUAAUUCAUUGUGAGUAUGUGACUUAAAAAUUCAUGUCGCAGUAAAAUUACAAUAUUUUUAAAAUAUCAAUACUGAUCAGAUAAAAACUAUUGUUUAUAUCAACUACAACAAUUUAUUGGAUUACCAUGAAAUUUGUGAUAAAAUCUGUCAAGAAAUGUUGUCAUACCAGUGAUUUUAAAAAAUGUUGUUUUCAAUGAAAUAUAUAGAGAAAAAAUAAAAUUAUCUUCACUUUUGGCACAGGACUGUACAUGUUGUGUACAAGUUUAUUUUAAGUAUUUAUGAUAGAUCUUAAAAGUAUUUAUGUUUCUUUAAACAUGUUAAGGACCCUCUUUACACAAGUACAAAAAUUUUUUUGGACAUUGAGAAAAAUAUAUUGUAUAAAACAUGAUAAAGGAGUUAAUAUUGUGCUUAUUUAUUCAAUUUUCACUACAUAGUGGGUGGCAUUUACCCCCAGGAAAAAUGUUCAAAGACAACACAGUAUCAGUGAAUAGAAAUCAAUGUUAAAUACUUCAGUUGAGAAAAUACAUGUAUAUAGGAAUCACCUUGUCCGUCUGUCUGUCUGUCCGUCUGUCUGUCUGUCUGUCUGUCUGUCCGUCUGUCUGUGCAAUCGUGUCCGGUCCAUAUCUUUCUUACAGAGGGACAUUAGAAUCUACUACUCCACAUUAAGAUUGCUCAUAACCUAAGGGUGUGUCAUGACCUUGACCCAAGGUCAUUUGGGGAAGUUCAAGGUCACUGGAAGAAAAAUUUCAUAAUUCGUGUCCGGUCCAUAUCUUUCUUAUGGAUAAACUUGGUAGGUUCUCAUUUCACACAAAGAUUGCCCAUGACCCAAGGGUGUGUCAUGACCUUGACCCAAGGUCAUUUGGGGAAGUUCAAGGUCACUGGGAGAAAAAUUUCAAAAUUCAUGUUUGACACAUAUUUUUUAUGGAUAAGCUUGGUAGGUUCUCAUUUCACACAAAGAUUGCCCAUGACCCAAGGGUGUGUCAUGACCUUGGCCCAAGGUCAUUUGUGGAAGUUCAAGGUUACUGGAAGAAAAAUUUCAUAAUUCGUGUCCGGUCUAUAUCUUUCUUAUGGAUAAACUUGGUAGGUUUUCAUUUCAUAUAAAGAUUGCCCAUGACCCAAGGGUGUGUCAUGACCUUGACCCAAGGUCAUUUGGGGAAGAUCAAGGUCACUGGUAGAAAAAUUUAAUAAUUCGUGUCCGGUCCAUAUCUUUCUUAAGGAUAAACUUGGUAGGUUUUCAUUUCAUACAAAGAUUACCCAUGACCCAAGGGUGUGUCAUGACCUUGACCCAAGGUCAUUUGGGGAAGUUCAAGGUCACUGGAAGAAAAAUUUAAUAAUUCGUGUCCGGUCCAUAUCUUUCUUAUUGAUAAACUUGGUAGGUUCUUAUUUCACUCAAAGAUUGCCCAUGACCCAAGGGUGUGUCAUGACCUUGACCCAAGGUCAUUUGGGGAAGUUCAAGGUCACUGGAAGAAAAAUUUUAUAAUUCGUGUUUGAUACAUAUCUUUAUUAUACAAAAACUUACUUCUGAAAAACCCAGCGGGGGGUAUUUUGUCCCGAUUGGACAGUUC